AUGAAUGAACAAAACACACAAAAGGAAGCGAAGCUGAAGUUCUUCCCAGAUGUGCGGCCGGACAAAACUGUUCCCAAGUCACUGCUGGCUGUGUUCCGGAUUCUGCAAGCUGUUCGAAACUCCUCUAAUCCGAUUGUUGUUCACUGCUCGGCUGGUAUCGGCCGAACGGGCUCUAUGGUGGCUAUAGAAAUGUGCCUGCAAACGCUAUUAGCAGGGAAAACCCUCAAUUUACUGGAGGUUUGUAGAAAGCUACGUGAUCAACGAAUGCACAGCGUUCAAGUGGAGGUUCAGUACGUAUAUAUAGCGGAGGCAAUUUGCGAGUACGGAAGAGCAAUGGGUUACUUGAAUCAGCCGGAGCUACUGAAC